AUGGAGCCCGUGACCCUCCCGGACGAUGCAGCCUUUCGGGAUUUCGUGGCGGAAUGCGAGUCGCAAGACGGGUGGCUGAGCUGGUACGACCGCUCUGGGGUCUCCGUCUGGGAGCAGGUGGUUCCUCAUGCGGACCUGGCGGUGUACCGCCUCAAGGUAGGGUGGACACGGAAUUGGGUAUGGAAGGAACGAUUCGGGACAGGGAGCGGACGGAGGCUCCUGGUCCCGGGAGUGGAGUUCUUUUCUCUCUCUCCCCUGCCCCUCUUCUACCUCUCUGCGCCACAUGUGAAUGUUUAAAAUACGUGGCUGCGGACCGUCGGGAAAGAGGUGUGCAAUGGCCGGCAGGUGCUGGCCCGGUGCAGAGAGAGAGAGAGAAAAAAGUUUUUAGUGCGGGGUUCUUGCACCUUUUAAGAAUUGGGAAGAAGGAGUUUCGGGGGUGCAAUCUCUGCGCCGCAUGUGAAUGUUAAAAUACGUGGCUGCGGACCGUCGGGAAAGAGGUGCGCAUUGGCCGGCGGGUGCUGGCCCGGUGCAGAGAGAGAGAGAGAGAAGUUUUUUAGUGCGGGGUUCUUGCACCUUUUAAGAAUUGGGAAGAAGGAGUUUCGGGGGUGCAAUCUCUGCGCCGCAUGUGAAUGUUAAAAUACGUGGCUGCGGACCGUCGGGAAAGAGGUGCGCAUUGGCCGGCGGGUGCUGGCCCCUUGCAGAGAGAGAGAGAGAGAGAGAGAGAGAGAGAGAGAGAAGUUUUUUAGUGCGUGGUUCUUGCACCUUUUAAGAAUUGGGAAGAAGGGGUUUCGGGGGUGCAAUCUCUGCGCCACAUGUGAAUGUUAAAAUACGUGGCUGCGGACCGUCGGGAAAGAGGUGCGCAUUGGCCGGCGGGUGCUGGCCCGGUGCAGAGAGAGAGAGAGAGAAGUUUUUAGUGCGGGGUUCUUGCACCUUUUAAGAAUUGGGAAGGAGUUUCGGGGGUGCAAUCUCUGCGCCACAUGUGAAUGUUAAAAUACGUGGCUGCGGACCGUCGGGAAAGAGGUGAGCAUUGGCCGGCGGGUGCUGGCCCGGUGCAGAGAGAGAGAGAGAGAGAGAGAGAGAGAAGUUUUUUAGUGCGGGGUUCUUGCACCUUUUAAGAAUUGGGAAGAAGGAGUUUCGGAGGUGCAAUCUCUGCGCCACAUGUGAAUGUUAAAAUACGUGGCUGCGGACCGUCGGGAAAGAGGUGCGCAUUGGCCGGCGGGUGCUGGCCCCGUGCAGAGAGAGAGAGAGAGAGAGAAGUUUUUUAGUGCGGGGUUCUUGCACCUUUUAAGAAUUGGGAAGAAGGAGUUUCGGGGGUGCAAUCUCUGCGCCACAUGUGAAUGUUAAAAUACGUGGCUGCUGACCGUCGGGAAAGAGGUGAGCAUUGGCCGGCGGGUGUUGGCCCGGUCCAGAGAGAGAGAAAAGUUUUUUAGUACGGGGUUCUUGCACCUUUUAAGAAUUGGGAAGAAGGAGUUUCGGGGGUGCAAUCUCUGCGCCACAUGUGAAUGUUAAAAUACGUGGCUGCGGACCGUCGGGAAAGAGGUGCGCAUUGGCCGGCGGGUGCUGGCCCGGUGCAGAGAGAGAGAGAGAGAGAGAGAGAGAAAACUUUUUUAGUGCGUGGUUCUUGCACCUUUUAAGAAUUGGGAAGAAGGAGUUUCGGGGGUGCAAUCUCUGCGCCUCAUGUGAAUGUUAAAAUACGUGGCUACGGACCGUCGGGAAAGAGGUGCGCAUUGGCCGGCGGGUGCUGGCCGGUGCAGAGAGAGAGAGAGAGAGAGAGAGAGAGAGAGAGAGAGAGAGAGAAAGAGAAGUUUUUAAAUACGGGGUUCUUGCACUUUUUUAGAAUUGGGAAGAAGGAGUUUCGGAGGUGCAAUUUUGAUUUAUAUAUGAAAUGUCCAAAGCCUUAGAAGUGUGAUUGACCUGCAGCAGGGAGGAAAUAGUUAAAUUUCUCCCUACGGAGCUCCUCCGCACCACCACAAAAAAAAAAAAAAAAGCAAUUUGCGUGGUAUCUAGUUGAGCCCUUUUGCACAAACUACUUCCCACAAUUUAUUUAAAGCACACUCCACCCGUCUCAAAACGAAAACUCUAGAAUCCCAGGAAUUGUAAUUUACCCUUCCCAAAGCCGCAGCUCCCAGCACCCUUAACAAACUACAGUUCCCGGAAUUACUUUGAAGGUGGGGGAAGUGUGGUUUGAAUGUAUGGUGUUUACACAGCCUCACUUGAGGCUCCAGGUUCGUUGGUAAAUAUAUUUUAAUUCUUCUGUAAGUCUGUUAUAAUUUGGGUGUAGACCAGCAACCAAAAUUCUAGUAGGGAAGAGCCACAGUUCAAUGGUAGAGAAUUUGCUUUGCAUGCAGAAGGUUUUAGGCAGUGCUUUUUUUUCCUAAUAAAAUGUUUAGGGGUACUCUUAUUUUCCUUCUCGUAUUGAAAUAAUGCCCCUCAAUGAGGCCAAAGUUAGGUUCACAAAAUGUUUAGGGGUAUUCAUGUCCCUGCGUACCCCCAGAAAAAAACCACUGGUUUUAGGUUCAAUGCUCAGCAUCUCUAGAAACUCUGGCAACUCGCUGCUCAUCAGUGUGGACAACAUUGAGUUAAGUGGACAAAUUUUCUGGGUUUGGAGCAAGUAAAGCAGGUGGGGAAGGGCUUGAUCCAGUCAAGAUUAAGUACUCUUAGGUUUUUACUGGUUGCAACAAAAGAAACUUCGUUUCUUUGGCCUUUGGUGAUUUCUCCCUGCAGAAGAAGGGACACAUUUCCCUUGUGGACACAUUUCACAGAAUCACAGACUUACUGAGUUGGAAGGGACCAUGAGGGUCAUCUAGCCCAACCCCCAGAUAUUUAUUAAGCUUUAUUUAUUUUAUUUUUUAUUGGCAGUAGUUCUAUAUGUAUGCACUUUCCUUGUAGCUUUUUCUGCGUCGUCUUUUGUUUAAAUGCAUGCUGGGAGGGGGGAGGGGGAACAGGCUAUAAAUCAUUACUUUAAAAAGUAAUGAAAACAUGUCCUUAAUUCAGCAGGGCUGAAAAGUGACUGAGUCUUGAUUAAAGUCAUAGAAUGCUUAAAUGUACAUAAGCUUUUGCAGCACUGUCUGUUGAAUGCCACAGGCGUUUCCCAAAGUUCCUGGGAGUUAUUUGGGUUCAGGAGUUGACUCUGAGGAUGUGUCGCCAUUUGAGAGCUGGUCAAGAGUGGGGAAUCUUUUUCAACCCAGGAAACUUUUGAGGUCCACAUACCAGUUCCAGGUGAAGGCAGAGGCAAAAGUGGGUAGAGCAAUGGUACUGUAGAAUAGUUUCUAGACACACGCUCACAUUGCUUUCUCUGUUCUCCAUUCACACAACCAAGAGGCACCAUCAUCUCAAUUCCAAGGCACACCCCAUUCAUGCAGGAAACACCCAGGAUGUGAAGUGUGGCCAGUGAGGGGGGCAGCCCUGGGAAGAAGAGUGUGCGGCCAGGGCCUGAGGUCACCUAGCUUGCAGUUUGCAUACAGUGGUACCUCGGCUUACAUAUGCUUCAGGUUACAUACCCUUCAGGUUACAGACUCCGCUAACCCAGAAAUAGUGCUUCAGGUUAAGAACUUUGCUUCAGGAUGAGAACAGAAAUCGUGCUCCGGCAGCACAGCAGCAGCAGGAGGCCCCAUUAGCUAAAGUGGUGCUUCAGGUUAAGAACAGUUUCAGGUUAAGAACAGACCUCCGGAACGAAUUAAGUACUUAACCCGUGGUACCACUGUACAUGGUAACAACAAGGAUGGAAAACUUGUGACCUUCCAGAUGUUCUGGACUCCAUCAUCCUGGAUCAUUGGUUAGCUGGGGUGAUGAAAGCUGGAGCCCAGCGACAUCUGGAAGGCCAGGGGUAUGCGGUCUUGGGUUAGUGUUGGACUGGUUCAAGUCUCCACCUGGCCAUGAAGCUCACCUGUUGCAUCACAGGAAUUUUGUUGUGUUAAAGUGGGGGCAGGGAGGAGAACCACAUACGUAUUAUUAUUUUUAAAACUGGGUACUCUCUUGUUAAAGAUUAAAAAAAGAAGACUCUGGGCAAUGUACAACAUAUUUAAGAGCCCAGGUAACAAACCCCAUAAAAAUACACAAAGCAACAUCCAACACCAGCAGGAAAGAACUUCAGCAGCACAGUUAGCAGCAGCCAACAUCACUGACAUCUGAAAAAGGCUCGACAAAACAGUACCUUUUUGCAGGCAUUCAGGAGGGACAAACAGGGAAACACAACUCCCUUGGUAAGAAAUAAAUUGUGUACCCUUCCUGUAUGCAGCUUUGUUCACAGGCAGAGAGAGUGUAUCCAAAAGGUGUUAAUCAAAGAGUGAAAUGAAGGCUGGUAUCUGGGAUUGAUGGAGAUGAGGGGUCUGGAAUGCUGUUUAAUAUGGCAGAAAACUUGGUAGGGGCUAAGCUUGAUUGGAACUAUUUUUCAGUUAGGAUGUAUAAUCCAACUGCUGCCUGCGUAGCUAGCUGAUAACUGAAUUGCAGGAUGCGAUGAACUUUAGCAUAGCUUGCGAAAGCUGCCUUCUCUUACAUAUGUAAUAACGGGCAGAGACUAAACAAUAAUAAUGCCAAUGUUUCAUGACGUCUUGCCCAAGUGUCAAAGAUACAUCAGCCCAGUAGCUGAUGUGCUGAUGCACUGAUGCGCCACUGUUUGCUCUUCUAGGAGAAUAGCAAUUUUCACAAGUGCUGCUUAAUUCAGCUUUUGCCUUCCAUGUAGGGCUGUGCACUAAAUUCAGUAGGAAACCAAACUGAAUUGGGUCCACCUGGAGUGAUCUGGGGUUGUCACAAGAGGUUUGGUGGCAGGGAGGAGGGGGAGAAGGACACACACAAGUAGCCUGCAUCAUAGCUGCCAACGUUUCUCUUUUUAAAAGGGAAAUUCCCUUAUUCCAAAUAGGAUUCCUCGCAAGAAAAGGGAAAAGUUGGCAGCUAUGACCUGCAUGCCUUGCCUUCCCUCCCUGGCCAGAUGCUUACACGUGGUUUAAAACCCUGACUAAGCAUACAGUGUGUGUGUGGGGGGGUGGUACUUCUUCCCCAUCUCCACUUGACUUUGCAUGGCCCCCAGAUCAGUUCCAGGCUGGAUUGGGCCCUUACUCAGAUCCCAGAGAGGCCAUGUACAACCCUAAUCUCUUGGAUCUGCAGUAAUUCCAUUGUAAACUUUGAAAGGUUCGUAUGAAGGGCAAAACGAAGUGUGGCUUGGAGACCCAAGUCCAUAGAAGAGAAAGUAAGACUUGGGUAUGCUUAGCUUGGAGAAGUGAUGUAAUAGCAUCAAAUAUUUGAAGGACUGUUAUAUAGAAGCUGGUUUGCUUUCUGCUGCCCUGGAGGGUAGGACCCAAGCCAGUGAUUCAUGCAUGGUCUGCUUUUGUGCUUCCCAAAGGAAUCCGUUGGGUCACUGUGAGAACAGGAUGCUGGCCUAUUGGCCUGAUCCUACAGGCUGUUUUCAUGUUUUUUAGGGAGAUUGUCCCAAGGGUGUGUACUGAAGAUCACUUAAUGUCUUGUAUCUAGGACUUAAUUUGCACUGGACUCAUGAAGCAGCAGUAAAAUGAGUUUAGCUGAGUGCAGAGGUGCCAUCUUACGAGGGCGACUCUGCACUCAGAGGAGGAGGAGCCUUUGCUCUUUUUGGACAGUGGCCCUCACCAGCCCAACCCCCCAAAACAUAGUGAGGCCCCCAAACGGCUUGCCCCCCUGGAGCUGGUGCCUCUGGCUGAGUGUGUGCUCCCUUGCAACAUUCAGCCUGCUGGAAUUGUGAUAUGGAACUUUUGGUUGUUGCAUUUUAACCCUGCUGCCCUUUUAAAGCAGAGGUGGGGAGUCUGUAACCCUCCAGGUUUGUUGGACUCCCAUCCAGCAUGACCUGGGUUGGUGGAAGUUCUGGUCCAACAAUAUCUGGAGGGCCACAGUUUCCCAUCCCUGCUUUUUAAAGGAUGGCUGCUCCCCCUUCUCCUUCCAUCCUCACAAACAGCCCUGUGAAGUAGUUAGGCUGAAAGGUGUAGACAUCUGGCUCCUUUCACAGUUAGAGAACACUUUGGUAGAAGUCCUCCUCUUGAUUUUUAGAAGACCAGAAGAGAGAGUGUAUUAUAGAAUAUCUGCUGAACUUCAUCCCACUCACAGCAAAUGCCCUGAGCUUUUUUGAGCACUAGUGUCAGAUUCCAGUCCUAUUGAGCUUGUGCAUUUUUCAAAUGUAUUUAUUUAUUUAUUAUGUUUAUAUGACACCUUUAUGUUCUGAAGAUCUCAAGGUGGUGUAUAUGGUUCUUCUGCUCCUCAUUUCACCCUCACAACAACCCUGUGAGGUAGGUUAGGCUGAGAGACAAUGGUUGGGCCAUGAUCACCCAGUGAGCGUCAUGGCUGAGUGAGGAUUUGAACCCUGGUCUCUCAUGUCCUAGUCUGACACUCUAACCACUACACCAUACUGCCUCACAGUUGGAAGUGCAUUCCUUCAGGGCCUGUUGUGUUCAGGCAGGCAGCUACAGUGAUCAUAGGACAAUUUUCAUGCCUGUGGUGAACAUUGUGUGGUGUGCACUGGGGAAGGUAGGCCAAGUAGAAUGAACAAGUGUAACUCAGAAAACAGGAAAUGGCAGGAUGACCAUGGAGCCCAAAAGAAAAAAGAUAAAAAAGGCUGCCCACUUCCAUGAUGUCAUUGUUUGUCUCUUUCUCAUUUUUAACUGGGUGACAACAACAGGAAACCUCCUUUACAUGGGAUGUCAGACCAAAGAGCUUUUCAAAUAAUUGGUGGAGAAUGUAACAGUUACUCCCCACGUUCAGUUUGGUUGUUAAUUUGCUAGCCAAUGAAGAAGUUGGAGAAUGACUCAGUGAUUUACAAAGCACCCAUGCCAGACUAGCGCUGGGCUCUGGUUUAAUGCAUUUGAAGGAUGGGAAAUAGGAAAUAGUUGGCUUCUCACACUUUUCCCAAGAGCCAGCUAGAAGGGGACAUGGUAGGGAAACGGGGUAAAAUGUGGCCCUCAAUACCUCUGUAUAUGGCCCCCAGACUUUUUCCAGGCCAUACCCCCUACAUCUGUCUUUUGUUUCCUGACUGGAACCUGUCAUUGAUCGGCAAUAAUGCCUCUUGCUUGCAAUAAUGCCUCUUGCAUUUACAUUAAAUGGAUGUAAAAACUUCUGACUUUCACUGUGCAAAGGAAAGCUGCCCCCUUUUGCUUCUGGCAUGCAGCCCCCAGAAGGUUGCUGGAAAUUAGUAUGGACCAUAGUGUAUAAAAGAUAUCUGCUUCCCACUCUCUUGCCUGCCCAAGUUAAAAUGUCAGAUGAAGACCAGGCAGAUCUGGUUAAAAUCUCUCCACACACCCCUAAAACACCCAUUUGGUGACCACAGGUUUGUUCUUCUCUCUCUGCUUGAGCUUGGUGGCUCUUUCAACAAUUUGUGGAGCCUACCUCACAGGGUUGCUGUGUGGAUUAACAAAAAAGUUAGUCAUGUAUACAUGCACCCACUGGACCAGACGUGGCCAGAAGAUAAAUGGGUCCAGUGGGUGCAUGUAUACAUGACUAACUUUUUUUUAAUCCACACAACAACCCUGUGAGGUAGGCUCCACAAAUUGCUUUUGGGCACCGCAUUGAGGCAUCUGGUUGGCCGUUGUGGGACCAAGAUGGUGUGCUACAUGUACCUUUGGCCUGAUCCAGGGGGUUCUUCUUAAUACAUAUACAUGAACUUAUGCAAAUAUUAUGCAAAUUGAUGUCCACUUUAGCAAAUGCACUUCCUCUUUGGAGGUGAUGCCUGAUUGGCCAUUGACUUUUGACCUUCUAGUGGUGAGGGAAGAGCAUCCAAAAUAAUCAACAGUUUGCUGCCUUUUCAUGACAAAGCCAGAUCAGUGGCCAGAAGCAACCACCUACUCUCCCUAGUGCAGUGGUGGUGAACCUAUGGCACUUGUGCCAGAGUGGGCACUCGGUGCCCUCUCUGUUGGCACAUGUGGCUUCGGCCCAUCAGUGCUGUUGCUGUGUGUUGUCAAAGUGUGCAGCCGCUCCCCCCCCAGUGCUCGGUGACCACAUCAGCAUCGGGGGGAGUUGCGCAGGCGCCAACCUGCUGGUAUGCAGCUGCGCAGCCCCACCCCCUAUGCUGGGUUUGGUUUGAUUGGUUGAUGCCACAAGCAGUAGAUAGUGGCAGAAGUGCCUUGUAUUGGGUGGGCAGUCCAAUACCGGAAAAAUACGACAUAUUUAUUUGUAUGUGCGCAUGCAGGCAAUCAUUAUUAUGAUUGGCACUUUGCAAUAAAUAAGUAGGUUUUGGGUUGCAGUUUGGGCACUUGGUCUCUAAAAGGUUCGCCACCACUGCCCUAGUGUCUAAUGAUAGAGCCAGUCUGGUAACAACUCUUCACCAAACUAGGCACUGAUUUAAUUUUAGCAUGAAGAGUGACAAAACAACUUGACAGGCGGUGAGGGGUGUGGAUGGCUAGGUGAUUCCUGCCUUCUCCCCGUCCCCCAUCUCUGGUAGUAUUUGGUCAUUGCAUGAUUAUCUGAUGUGUUAAUGAGCAUGUAUUAUCCUAUUAGUGCAAAGGACCAUAGCUCAGUUGUAAACAGUGUGCUUUACACGGAGAAAGUCCUUGGAUCUUUUUGCAGUUAAAAUAGUUGUCUAUUUUAAUAUUUAGUAUUUUUAUUUUAAAUAGUUGCCUACCUCAUACAUUUGUAUAGUAGUGAGUUCAUUCAGGUGCAGCAGAAGACAAAAGUGGUGUGUGUGUGUGUGUGUGUGUGUGCGUGUGCAUCAGCAUGUCUUACUGGGAGCCAGAUGAGUAAAGCUUCUUACCAGCCACACUAGCUCUUGACAAUUCAUUCCAGUGGGAUUGUGAAUGUGCAACAUCACGUACACAUGUCCUAGUUCUUUGCCAUGAUGCUCAUACCAAAUAAUCUCUUGCACACUGUGAAAUUUGUAUUUGCUUGAUUGCAAUUUAGUGGCAGAUCUGUAAUUGUGAUGAUAGAGAUCUACUGAUUGACAAAGGUUUUUGCCACCUCCCUGGAACUAGAUGCAGGAGGCCUGCUGAGCCUCUUUUGGCAGGCAAAAAAGACAUUCGAUGAGUGCCCUGUCUAAACCUACUGUAGCUCUUGUGCCCCACCAAAUGCACCUUGUGAAAGGCGGGGGAAGAUGACGGAGGAUAGGCUUCGGGUAUUAAGCACUGGAUCUGAGCUGCUUCAUGUGGUUGAAUGUUUGGAGGUUCUGAUGUUGGCCUGCCUACUUAGAUCAGGGGUGAAGGAACUAUUUUCAGCCCAGCUUCCUCGAGUGAAAGGUGGGUGUGCUUCUGGUCCAUCCCAGCCAGUUCAGACUACCUAGUUAUGAGAACGACAGAGAAGCUGCUGUUCACAUGCAUCUGCUGUACUUCGCAGACAUCCCAAAGAGUGUGGACCACCUGAGUGAAGCCUACAAACCACAAUUUGGGUAACUGUGCUUUAGAACAUUUUGCACCCAGGGUUCGCCAGCUUUCACAGCUUCCCUAAAUUUCUGGACAAACUAUUCAAGCAGUAGAGUGGACUUCAUUGACUAGGUGAGGUUGAGAAGCUUCUACCUCCUGAAACCAAGGUUCAUUCCUUGGUCCAGUGGUCAUGUAAACACUACAACAGGUUUUAUUUAUAUAAGCAUGAUUUCCCUUCUUUCUUCCUUGACAGGAUUCAAGGUGGUGUAUGCAAAGUUCCCCAGUUGAUAUUCCAUUCAAACACUGACCAAGUUGGUCUAUCAAGCUCAGUAUGGUCUACACUGAAUGGCAGCAUCUCUCCAGGGCUUCAGAUGGGAGGCAUUCCCAGCCUUACCUGGAGAGGCCAGGGAUUGAACCUGUGACCUUUCGCACCCAAAGCAGACACUCGGCAAGAUUGUUCCAUUUUACACCAUGGUCUGAGGUUGUUCACUACUCUGGUGUUUUGACAGUGUUCUUCCUUCCACCUGCAGGGCAUGAUUGACAUGGCAGGGGUCUCUGCAGAGACAGCCUAUGAUGUCCUACAUGACACCGAGUACCGCAGCCUGUGGGACAUAAACCUUGUUGAGACGCAUCAGAUCGCUCGUGUCACAGACAAUGCUGAUAUCAGCUACUAUGAAUGUAAGUAAGGAUGGGCACCCCAAUACCACCACCAAACCACACAAACUAGUGCAGGUGUGGCCCACAUUGCCAUCUGGGCAAUCUUCCAGAGGUCAUGUGCCCAUGAGGGGCAAAAUGGAGUGGAAGAGCAAAUGUAAAUUUCCCCUUUGCACAAUAGGCUACUUCCUUCACAUUUGCACUUCCCUCUUCUCCAUCCAGCCAAGGAAGAGGCAUUGCAUUCCAGCCAUGCAAACACACUCAAGGGGGUGUUGAAGGGACAAGGGUGAGGAGUGUGUCCCAGGGAGAAUCAUGGGGGCCUGUUAGAGGGGCCUAAAGGGCCACUGUUUGCAUCUGGGCCUGAUGUUUCCCACCACUGAGUUAUGGGGACACCUGGCAAACACAAUGAGAUUUGGUACCAAAGUCAGGAAAAAAUGCUGGUGGGUUCCUAAGCUUUAAAGUUCCUGGCUCCAAGGACCACAAACACCCACCCUCCUCCAUCACUCACCAUACUGUCUGAGGCUGGUGGGAGUUGGGAAUCCCACAACAUCUGGGCAGGCACAAGUCCCCCAUCCCUGUUCCUACCUCUUCAGCAGCCAAAGUCUUGUGGUACAUUUCUGAUGGCAUGGACUUAUGUGGAUCAGGAAUUGUGGAAUGUCAGCCUGAGAAAUGUUAGCAGAGGAGUUCAGAGGGAAAUGGAAACAGGAUGAUAAUGCUGACGCUUAGGUGUAUGUAAAAUAAUGGAACUGACCGUUGCGAAAGUAGUGUUUAUAAAAACAUCCUGGCAUCGAAUCAACCCUACUUUGUGAAUUAUCCCUGUAAUUAAGGUGCCACAAGACUCUCUUUGUUGUUUCCGCUGCAACGGAUUAACCCUCUAGUUAUGAGGUUUGCAAAGGUAAUCUUGCAGGUAUGUAAGCAAUGUGUGAUGAAAAUUCAAGACACUGGGAGGAUUAGUAGUCUGGGGUGUGGGGUGCCUUCCUUCUCUGGGGCAGUACCUCAUUCAGUCUCAUGGACCAGCCUCUACUGCUUAAAGAUCCACCUCAACUAUGUUAUGUGGUCAUGAUCCAGCUACCUUCCACCUGCUGUUGAUUUGGUGUUGUUCUCUCAAAAAAACCCCCAUCUAUGGAACACUACACUACAUGAUAAUAACCACAUCCCGUGCGGUCCUUAGCCAGCAGCAAAACUGUAUCCGCUGAGCCGCUCUAGGUUGUUGUAAUGAGAGUGUUAUGGAGAGGACUAUACAGCUUUGUCCAGGGCUGCGAAACCGUUUUCCACCCAAGGGACUCAUUCCCCUCCUGGAGAGCCUGCCCAGGGCUGAAUGCUAGUGGUGGCUGAGGCCAGAGGCAAAAUAAAUGCAAAGGCAAAAUUCACAAGGUAAGCUAGUUUCUUCGCACACACACUUCCCUUUCUAUCCUCAUCCCAUCCAGGUAAGCAAUAAUCACUGUCUGGGUUCAGGGACAGAAAAGAAGCCAAAGAAGUAUGCAAAGCCAGAGUGCUGAGUCAGAAUGCGUGUGUGGCCUUUGGGGACUCCUGAGGUUCUCCAUCCAUGAUUCAGUCUUUUAGCUCGUUAGUACUACCACCCUCAUCAUUGCCAGGCAGCCUAACUUGAUAGGCUGAUGAGACAACAAUAUCUGUGGACUCAAGGUGGUGGAAGAGAGCUGUGUUAGAUGGAUUGAUCAGAAACAUUCUGGCAGUGUUAAGGCAGGCCCCUGGCUUGAGAGUUGCUCAGCGUUUGAAACGGGUAUUCUGUUUUGUGUAAGAGAGAGAAUGCCUUCCCUCGACGGUGCCUGAUUCUUAGCUACCUGGCUGCCUUCUUUCUGGAGGUUAAAUAGCCUUGGGGAGUAGCAAUGGACACUGCUAAAAAAACAACAACACAACUUGGUGGAAAGGAAGGUUCAGGCUCAUAGAGCGGUAUAGUCCACAACAUAUAGGGGUGUGUGAGAUGCAUUUGCCUUGGUCACUCUCUGGGUCACCAUUAUACGCUGGACCUGUUACCACAUAGUUGUAGCAUAAAGAAUUCCUGUUCAGUUUUCCAGUCAGCCAUGCCUGAUUUCAGGAUACCCUGUUCCAUUUCCCCUCUCCCUCCAACAGACUCUCAACAGUCAGUACAGUAUGCUCAGUCCUCAAAAGGCAUUUGGCUUGUUUGUCCUUCUCCUCUUCCCUCUUCCUCCUGCCCCCCACUUUUCUAUUUCUGCAAAUGUUGCCUGCUUCUGAUACCUUCCUUUCAUGCAUAGGUGGUGUAAUUUUUCCUCCAGGGGGCUCUGUGCUUGGAUGAGGGGAAUAGGAUCUGUGUGCAAGGCCUCUUUUACUUGAGACAACCUGCUUGGACCUUUGACACAUUCCCUGUGUUGCUUUGCCAAAGCAAGCUAAGCUCUCAGUUUUGUUUAUGCGACAUGGGUGUUUCCCCCCCUGCCAUUCUAAUUAAAAAGCUAAGGUGCCUGGGACUUGUAAUUGCAAUGGCAACAAAUCACUCGCCUUACUGCUAUUCAAAGCUUAAUAGAAAUUUAAAAUGGAAAUCUUAUGAAAUAGAUUUAUGAAUGAUAUACAAUGAGUAUGGAAAAUGGAAUAUAUAGGAAUGAGUACAAAUUUAGAUGAAAUCAUUAGCAACUGAAUGUGAUCAGCAUGUUGUAGAUGCAAUGUUGAGCUGCCUUUCUCUCCCUACUCCCUACCAUCUCGCUUGGAUUAGGGAAGUGCCCAAAGCCCUUGAGGAACAGAGAUGUGGUGACUCUGAGAUCAUGGAAAAUCCUGGAUAAGGAUUAUAUUAUCAUGAACUUCUCUGUUAAACAUCCGGUAAGUGAGCAGGGGGGAAACUAUGGGAUUCGGGUGGGUAAUGGAUUGGGGGGUGGGUCUCCUCUCAGAGACCCACCAUAGCAUUUCAUUAGGGAAAUGGAGCUUCAUCCACCUGCUUGAUAAGUAUGCCAUGAGACCCACAACGGCUGAAUAUACUGUCAUGUACUAAGGGCUUGUUCACACUUCCACACUUGUCCCUUGCCUAGAAAGUGAUUUUUUAUUCCACUUGUCCCAUGCUUUUUAGGCACAGGUCUUGAGUGGUUUUCUGUUUGCUCUUCCGCGUUCCCCAGGAAAACCCACUCUUUUGCAGUGAAUCGGAGCAGGCAUCAUCAUUUGAUUCAGUGCUAAACCAUGAGUUUUCCCCAGGGGAAAGCAGUGGGUUAAAUGGAAGUGUGGCUGAGCCCUGAGUCAGACCAUUAGCUCCAUUUAGCUCAAUGACUACUAGCAGCAGCUCUUUGGGGUUUCAGGCAGGGCUUUCUCCCAGGCUCACCCUGGUGAGAUUGAACCUGUGGCCUUCUGCUUUAUUACAACGCUUAGUUCUCUGGAUGAUGGAGCUGAGACCCUUCACACGACUGACCUGUUGGUGCUAAAGUUGGCAGCCUCUUGGGAUUUAGGGUCCAGUCCUUUGAAGCCUACCUUCUGUUAUUGAUGUGUUGAUGUAUAUUAUUACUACUUCUGUAUUUUGGUGUAUUACAAUGCAGUUUCCAUGGGCUUUGGCUGGCACACUAAACUGAUUGUUGACUACCCCUUAGUUACCUGAGGGGAACUCAGUCUCAGGGAGGAGGGGAAGGGGAGGCCUCUAUACCAGGAAUUGGUCCAUCAGCUGAUUGCCUGGCUUUUUACUGUGCAGAAAUACCCUCCACGCAAGGACACGGUGCGGGCUGCCUCGCGUUUGGCUGGAUACCUGGUGCAACCAACUGGACACGACAGUUGCAAGCUGACUUACCUGGCACUGCUUGACCCUAAAGGUGAGUCAGCAUUCUAUAGACUAUUUAGACUAUUUUAGAAGAGUCUAAAAAGCCUAGGACACAAAUGUUUAAGGCCCUCUAGCAACUAUGGUGGCUCCUUUGUCAGAAGUAAUGUAUUUCAUAUUGACUCUGGAAGGGAAUACUCAAUUCUGACCAAACUAAGCCGCCUAGUUCCGGACGCUUAGUUCCGGAAAGCUCAGGAACCAAGAAGACCAAAACUUCAAUAAAGAAUGGGAAAAUUUUAUAAUCUAUCUUGGAGACCACUGUAAGCAGAUGGAAACAUUAGCAGGAAAAGGUUUAAUAAAAGGACCCAUGGAGGGGAGGUGGGAAGUCUAGAGAUUCAGAGGAAUCUGUAAAUGUGGAUGUGAAUGGUAGCAUUGUUAUAAUAUAACAUACUUGUAAAAUCAAAUAAAAACUAUUUCAAAAAAUAAAAUAAAAAAUAGAGCAAAAUAUACAUUUUGAAUCUUCUAAUACCUUUGUCAUAGUAAGUUGUGCUGCAGUCAUCAGGUGAGUAAUAAGAUCCUUGUGGGAAAGUUGUUGAUUAAUUUGAGUAUUAUUUUACCUUUUACCUUUACUAUGAUAGAAAUGCUGUUUUAGGAUCAAAGGAAGUACUGUCUCUUGCUUUGUGAUCAAACCUGCUUCAUGAAAAGCAUGUAUGCUUCACAAGGCAUAUAACUCUUUAAAGCUGAAUUUGAAUAAAAAUGAAGAAGAGAACGAAUAUUCUCUAGUCACAGUGAGCAACCUGAUUUCUCAGUGGUGGCCAAAGUGUUAAGUGAGAAAAAACAAGUAGAUUAAAAUAAAAUAAAGGCUCUGUGUAGGAAAUACAGUUAACUCACAUCUUCCAGGUUUGUGAUUCUAUGAUUCUAUCCUACACUUAUUUUACUUACAUGAAUUCAGCUUUGUGUGGGUGCGCAAAUAAAUAAACAAAUAGAGAGUGGAGGAAACCCACUCUCCAUUUAUUCCCCCCACAAUGCAAUGCUGUAAUUGCAGGCUUACCCAGCUUUCAGAAGGUGGCGCAGGGGCUCUGGCAGCCCAGAGCCCUUGUGACGCCUUUCCAAAGCUGGGUAAGGGAGAUGGCUAGAUUUGUGAAGGAGGCGUGAGGGUCCUGGCAUGGUCCUAAAGCCAUCUUUCCUCCUUCCCAAAGCUCUGCAAGUGCUUACUAGGCUUUCAGAAGCAGGAGGAAGGACUCUAGGACCCUGCCAGAGCCCUAGCUGCUGCCUCCCAGAGAUAGGUAAACAGCGCUCCAAACUGGCAUUUUUUUGCAUAGACACAUGGACCCCCAGAACCGAACCCUCACAUAAAAUGUGAGUUACCUGUUAACCGUUUAAAAAUGAAUUGCAAACACUAGACAGGCUAGAUGAUUUUUCAUCUACUGCAAAUCAGCUUCCAACAUCUGCAUUAUGGGAGAUUUGUUUGCUGCAGUCCAUUGUCAGCAGCAAUCAUGUACCCGCUCAUCUAUCAAAUAAUCCUGGGAAUCAUUGUUAAGGGAACUGUAACCUCUCUGAGGAGAAAACAACAGUUCCCAUGAUUCUUUUUUUUUGUCGGGGGGCAUGUGCUUUAAAUGUAUGCUGUGUAUGUGACCAAGAUUAAUUCCCCCCCAUCUUUCCUGCCUCUCCCCCCUUUCCAAACUAGGAUUUCUGCCCAAGUGGAUUGUGAACAAAGCUGUUCAAUUCCUGGGACCACAGGUGAGUGAGGCAGAUUCAUAGCUGAAGAGUUGGAAGGGACCACAAGGGUCAUCUAGUCCAACCCCUUGCAAUGCAGGAAUCUUUGGCCCAACCAUGGGGCUCGAACCCACCACCCUGAAAUUAAGAGUCUCAUGCUCUCCCAUCUGAGCUAUCUUGGGCCUCUAGUGAUCUGGUUCCUCUUGUGAGGAGCAUCAGUUGAGCUAGUGUAAUACUAAGUGAGAUGGAUUUGCAGAAAGCCCUUUUUCUCUGCCCAGAGAGGGGGGUUCCCCCUGCGUUGUUGGUUAUGGAGCACAGUGGGCUAAGAGGCUGUGUAGUGGUUAAGAGCGAUAGACUCGUAAUCUGGGGAACCGGGUUCGCAUCUCCGCUCCUCCACAUGCAGCUGCUGGGUGACCUUGGGCCAGUCACACUUCUCUGAAGUCUCUCAGCCCCACUCACCUCACAGAGUGUUUGUUGUGGGGGAGGAAGGGAAAGAAGAAUAUUAGCCGCUUUGAGACUCCUUAAAGAAAGUCCUCAGUCUGAAUGUUUCCUCUACCCUGAUGAACCCACUAGGUGGUCUUAAGCAAGCCCCUGUUUUUCUGCCAUAGCUCUUCAACUGCCAUAUAGGAAUAGUGAUUUGGACCCACUUUUGAAGUAGAAGUGGAGGACCCUUUUUCAGCCUGGGGACCAGGUGCCCAUGGUGGGCAGGUUCAGAGGCCAAAGGGGGUGGAGCAGUGAAUGCAGAUUUUAGCUUUGUAUAGCAGGCUAGUUUACAUAAAAUCCCACUGCAUUCUCCAUCCAGGCAAGCAAGAGGCGUUACCAAAGUUCAAAAACACAGGCAGAGGGCCUUCUCGGUAGUGGUGCCCACCCUGUGGAACGCCCUCCCAUCAGAUGUCAAGGAGAUGAGCAAAUAGACAACGUUUAGAAGACAUCUGAAGGCAGCCCUGUAUAGGGAAGCUUUUUAAUGUGUAAUGUUUUAUGAAGUUGUAUGUUGGAAGCCGCCUAGAGUGGCAACUCAUUCAGAUGGGUGGGGUACAGAUAAUAAAUUAGUAGUAGUAGUAGUAGUAGUAGCCAUGCAAAAACAUCCAAGGAGGGUACAGAUCAGGGCUGGUGAAGGGUCUGAGCAGAGUCCCAAGGGCUUGGAGGGGAGGGACUGUGCCUGGCCCCCCAGGCCUGGGGUUUACCACCCCUGCUUUAUAAGGUUAUGUUAGGCAGGCUUAGCCAACAUGGUGGCCUCCAGAUGUUCUGGACUACAGCUCCCAUUAUCCCUGACCAUUGGCCAUGUUGGGUGGAGAUGAUAGGGCUUGGAGCCCAACAACUUCUGCAAGCCACUAUGUUAGCUGCUCCUGUUGUAAGGAUGCCAACCAGAUAAGAGCUGUGUAGAACACUGCUGGAAAAACCCUCUUGCAUGUGCUUCUGAGAUAGAUAGAUAGAUAAUACUUUAUUCGGCUAUAAGCCCACAAGGUAAAACAAAUCAAUAGAUAAAAAUCAAUAGAUAAAAUCAAUAGCAUUUUACAAUCUAAAAUAUCAACUAAAAUAUUUCAGCGCAUAAUCUCUAACUGUACCGUGUUAUGGCCUUGAAGAUAAAGAUAUCCUGCUGAAAAUCGGAAAACUUGAAUCAACAACACAAUCCUCAGUUUGUGAGGUCAAAAACUUAUUGCCUCACCCCCAUUCAGAUAAAAUACUGGAGACUAAAACUAAAUAUGUCUUAAAUUCCCAAUUGAACAAUCAGAUAUUAACUUUGCAACCCAAGAAAAGUUGCCUUUCUGUCAGGUCGGAAAUAGGAAGAUGGUCAACGCUAGAAGGAGCUAAAGACUGCUUAAGCAAACUUUUAAAAAUUAAGAAAUAUCAGAUUGACCUAUAUGCUGUAAUGCCCCUUCCCGGCAGACCAACUUCUUGAAGGUGAUACUUGCGUUCCACUCUGAAAAGAUACCAUCUAUUAUUGUUAGGAGGAAAACGCUUUUGUCCAUGGCCGACAUUGUAGCAACGAGGGUUUUUACAGACAGCAAGAUCAAACCCCUUCUAAAUAGGUGCCCUGGCGGUGAGGACAUUAGGACAAGAGACUCUGCCUUACCUCAAAAUACUGUCAGGCCCAAUCGCGAUGACUCUGCAGCGUGCCAUCCGCGACCAAACUCGAUACCCUCUCAAACUGCUAUAUAUGAGGAUGAUAAUCUGCAGACUGCCCUCGACGAAAGGGAACUUAUUGAUUCAUUCAGAGCCCUUCCUCCGAAAGAACAGUCGGUGAUGAUGCAAAGAUUUGACACGCUUAAAUCUCAGCUUUUGCAAGUCCAACAUAGAGGGAAGAUACUAACGAUGUCUCAAAUAAUCCCACUUGGGCCCACCGGACAGAAGUGGUUGACCUUCUUCAGCUCAGUCCCACUCUGAAUUCAAAACCAUCCGACAAGACUCAAAUCUUCAAGUUGCUUCUGCAGCGUGCGCUACAUCACGAGACGACCAGGCUCUGCCAUCCUCACUGAACCUUCAUCUAUAUUCAUCAACCAACAUAUCUAAGGACGAAAUUCUGAUUUCCUGCUUGACUCAAAUCCCUCUUUAACUCACUCAUCUAUGCCAGAGCUAGAAUCUUCUCCGGUUUCGUCCAGAUAUAGAAGUAGUCCACAAGUGAUGCCCCUGAGAGAGUCUUCCGCAAUUUCCACCUCCGUGAUGCCCCCUCAAUUACCUCCUUCAAAGGAAACUGCGAAUGUUACACCUCGGGACCCGCCGUCAGAAAUGAUUGAAGACCCGAUGGGACGCAUCAAUAAAAUAAUCCGAAUGUCGGAUGACAAAUCUGCGAGAGGGUUUACCCCGACGGACUCAAUUUCCCCCUACCUGGGUAUUUCUCUGUCAAGUUGUACCAAGAAUUUCGAAAUGAAGAGAAUUCCUGUUCAGAGACCUACUUUCAGUGGAUCAUCCACGGUGUGCCAACAGUCGAACCAAAUUGUUAAAAACUUUAAUUUGCAGGGCGCCUCACAGUUACCAUCCUCCCAAAGUAAAAUAACUGACUUUUUGUUACAUCUUCUGUCUCUAACAGAGAGUCUGCCCCCUCCAUUUUGACUGUUAAAAGAACAACAUAGAAGUCCCCAGCUAGCAGUCCUAAGUUGGAACAUUGCUGGCUGGAAAAGGAAAAGAUUAGAUCCCGAAUUUCUGUCCUAUAUAAACUCUUUCCAGAUAAUCCUUUUGCAAGAAACAUGGGAAGAAGAUAAAAUAGAUAUAAAUGGCUUUGAACUGAUAUCACUUCCAGCUAUCCCCUCCCAGAAAGGUGGCCGGUCCAGAGGCGGUCUUGCAAUCGCCAUAUCGCUUAAAAUGAGAGCUAAACUCUCGCUAGUUCAUACCUUUCCUCCUUUUGCUUUUACUGGUCUGAUUUCAAGUGAAAAAUUCUCACUAUUAAUCACCAAUGUUUAUCUUCCUCCAGGUGGUCUGAUAUCAGACCUUCAUUAUAGAUGGGAUUCUCUGGAAGAUCAUUUAUUGGCAUGCUAUGUUAAGUACCCUAAUAUUCCAUCGAUAAUGGGUGGUGACUUCAAUGCACGUACAGCUGCCAACCGGAAUGGGAUAAUUAAGGCCAAGUGGUGGGUAUCUCCCCCCUACCCAAAAUCUGAUUUAAUCUCUUUCACAUCAAGAAGAUCUAAGGACAACAGAGUGAAUGAGGCGGGAGUCCUUCUUUAUCAAUUGGCCAUUCGUAUGAAUUUGAACAUUCUAAAUGGCAACUGCCCUCCGGACGUGCCAGGUGAAUUCACUCAUUUGGGCACAAAAUCAAAUAGUGUCCUAGAUUAUCUUCUAGUCUCAGAAGACCUAUUUUCAAAUUUCUUUUAUCUCAAAGUAGAUAAUGUACAAUCCAGUGAUCACCUACCUCUAGCGGCCAAGCUAACGCUUGACUGGCACCCGGUUAGCGGAACACACCCAAUUCAUGUAGGUUUAAAUGCCACAGCUCAAGUAAGAGGCAUUAAAUGGUCCAUGAAACAGGCCCAAAAAUAUGCAGAAUUCUUCCAGAGGAAUAGCUCCGAAUCCCUUAUUGUUUCAUUGGCGGUGCUGUCUGAACCAAAUAGGAUACUGGAGUGGUUCUCCCACUUCUCUGCAGAUUUAACUAGUUUCUUUACGAUGCCGGCUCACCUCGCUAACCGUGAUCAACCCAGGUUCGGUGCACCUUGGUUUGAUGCCAAAUGUAAGCAAGCUAGACUCUCUCUCUGUUGUAUCUACAACAGAUAUAAAGCCUCUGGAGCUGAAACUCUCCCCCCAGAGUACUUGCAGGCCAAAAUUGCUUACAAACAGGCUCAGAAGUCAGCCAAGCACGAGUGGCAGCUAAGACGUUGGCAAGCGCUGAUUGCUGCCUCUAAGCUUCGCAGCUCUCGCGGUUUUUGGAAUUUAAUCAACAAAAGAUCGAGGAAAUACCCAUUGACGGUUAUCCCAGCCCCGACAUGGGAACAAUUUCUAAGAAAAUAUUUCUCCCAGACAGACAUCUCUAACAUCCAAUCUGAUACUCUCUCAAGUCACUUGCCCAUAUGGCCAGAUACUGACCCGGAGGAAAUAGUAGAUUUAAUUGCCAAACUGAAAACUGAUAAAGCCCCAGGGCCCGAUCUGAUCCCAGCGGAAGCUAUUAAACAACAUCCAAUAUGGUGGGCUAAAAUUCUUGCAAAAAUCUUUGAUGCAAUCAAUGCCACGGGCCAGAUACCUACAUCAUGGAAGGAGUCCAUCAUAAUUCCUAUAUAUAAAAAAGGACCACCAGAGGACCCAGGAAACUAUCGUAAUAUCAGUUUAUUAUCAAUCAUCGGAAAAAUCUACACUCGCUUCUUGCUAACCAGACUAACCCAAUGGGCCGAAGAUUCCAAUCUGAUAGGCCAUGAACAGGUCGGGUUUAGACCAAAUCGCGCUUCUAUUGACCAUGCUAUAAUUCUAUAUCAUUUGGCGCGGAAAUAUUCUUCCCCUACUCAUGGUCUUCUAUGUGUGCUUCUGAGACAUUUCCCAUACCCUUCAAAUUCUUGCUCUUGCAGACUCAAAAGGCUACAGUCUUCCUUUCUUUUCCUUUUUUGGCAGAAGGAGGGAGGAUGGGAACAGAUGGAAAUUGAGUGUCUCAAGAUACUAGAUUUUUUAUUUAUUGCCCAUCACCAGUUUACACACACCUUCGGGUAUAGGGCAGCAUAGAAAUUAAAUAAAUAAGUAUUGUUUAGUUUUGUACUUUGUAGGUGACACAGUUUGGGUGCUGCCAAAGGUUGCUGUAAGAAGGGUGUAGCACACCUGGACAGCAGCUGAGCCCAUUUCCCUGGCUAUAGGGUAGCCUGCCUCUCCAGUGUUGCCCAGGUACCUGACUGGAGGCAAAACUACCCCAGAAGCCCAGGGGUUGCACACAGUGCAAACUGGAGUGGCAUUCAGACCAUCAAUUUGUAGAAGAGCACAUGAUUUGCAUGUCAAAGUUCAGAGGUUCAGUUCCAGGUGUCUCCAGGUAGAAAGAUGCCUGCCCAAAGUGCUGGAGAGCCACUUCCAGUCAUCGUCUACAAUACUGAGCUUAGAUGGACCAGCAAUGUGAUUAUGUAGAAGAUGGCUUUCUACAUCCUUAUUUAAAUCUUCCAUUAGUUCAGAACCAGGAAGGACUGGAACCUUGCUUUAUUUUUAGGGGAAGGGUUUCCCACACUUGGGUCUCCAGCUGUUUUUGGACUACAGUUCCCAUCAUCCCUAGCUAGCAUGACCAGUGGUCAGGGAGGAUGAUAAUCUCCAGCUGUUUUUGGACUACAGUUCCCAUCAUCCCUAGCUAGCAUGACCAGUGGUCAGGGAGGAUGGUAAUUUUAGUCCCAACAGCAGCUAGAGACCCAGGUUUGGGGGAGCAUUGCUCUAAUUCCUGUGUUGUGUUGUGGAUGGAUGCCUCUUUAAGUCCUGAGUAGGGAUUUGAGGCAGGUGAUCUCACACGGUACCUUUUAGUUGUCCAACUUGGUUCAUGAACCUUCCUGUCCAGAGCACUUUGGGUGGGUGGUACAGUUCCAGGUUCAUGUGGGAUUCUCUUGCCGUUGCUCUCAUCACACAGAGAAGUCCAAUGUGGGCGUGUUUUGACCUUCUCUCUUCUCUCCACCCCUGCCCCGGCUUGCGGGAUCAGGUGAUGAGGAAGCUUCAUAAAGCUUGCAUGGAAUACCCCGCCUGGAAGCAGGAGCACAACAUGGAUGUGAAGCCUUGGCUGCACCCUGAGCAGAGCCAGCUCCCCACCAUGUUGGUGUCUGAGUUGGCUAUUCAGCAUGCCGCCUCCCUGGAGCACUUCGAUGAGAGCAGCAUUAAAGAAGUCAAGGAUCAGCAGGGAGAAGCCAGCGGGUCCGACUGA